AUGAAUUCAGGAAAGAGUAGGAAUUUGGAGAAUACAGUCAAGAGAGUCUGUCGUGAUCUGCUUGUUCCAAAGAUAAACAGAAGCAAGAAAAUGUCCACCUUAGCAAAUUCACCCAACAGCCUGAAGGUGCCAGCUGACAUUAAGAAAAGCAGUGGUGAUGAACAAACGAAAAUCACCAUGGAGAGAGUAAAACUGGCGAAGAGCAUCAAAGACAAACAAAGCAAUGAUUUAGAGAAAGUGGCCCUUAAACGGAAGGUAGGAGAUGGAGCAAAGCUAGUCAGAAAGAAAGAGGCAAAAACAAUGGAACUGGACAGUCAGAUAGUGACCACCAUGCCUCUGUCUCACAUCCCUUUAAAGAACGUAAUGGAUGUGGAAAUGAAGCUGGUCUACGUUGAUGAGGAGGACGUGAGCUAUGAGUUUGCACAGCCCUUUACAUGCCCUGGGUUUCGGCCAACAGGUCAAGCUGCUGCAAUUGUACCCCCUGCAUGUGACUUCACUGUCCUGCCCCAGAUUGACAAAUGGCUUCAGGUAGCCUUAAAGGAUGCCAGCACUCGCUACAGGCAAAAGAAAUAUGCUGUGGCCGCAGGACAGUUCAGAACAGCACUUGAGCUUUGCAGCAAAGGGGCAGUUCUCGGAAAACCCUUUGAAGCACACGCAGAAGAUAUAGCAAGCGUGGCGAGUUUCAUUGAGACAAAGCUUGUCACAUGCUACCUACGGAUGAGGAAGCCUGACCUUGCCCUGAGUCACGCACACAGGAGCAUUGUUCUGAACCCAGCCUAUUUCCGAAAUCAUCUUCGUCAAGCAGCUGUGUUUAGAUGUCUGGAGAGAUACUCAGAAGCUGCCCG